UGCACUAUGCGUCCAAAGUUCGUAUUUGUUUUGUAAUUUUACUUGGAAUGCCAUUUCCUCAAUAAAUUUGGAUUCAUUUGUAGAAUUAAUUGAGUAGUUAUAACUUAAACUGCUCGAGUGCCAAAGGAUUUGAAAAUGGAAUUUCGAAAUAUUACUUCAGAACCCCAUUUUCUAGAUAAAGACACACAGGAGGUAAUGGGUACUUACCAACCUGUUUUUAUGGAAUAUUCAAUUUUGGCUGAAUACAAUGCUUUAAGAGACCAACCCAAGAUUUUGCAAGAUGUAUAUGUGAUGCCUUCUGCCAAAGACCCCCUGCAUUGGUUUGGCCUUAUCUUUUUGAGAAGCGGUUACUAUGCAGGAGCAGUGUUUCGUUUUCACAUUUUCAUAGGGAAAAGUUUUCCCCAGAUUGAUAUUCCUAAUAUCGUUUUCUCUCCGCCGAUCUUCCACCCCAAAGUUGACCCAGUUUCGGGUUACAUGGAGACUCGAUCGGCUUUUGGCAAAUGGCAAGUUGGUGUGCAUCACAUCUGGCACCUACUUUUGUACAUAAAGAAAUCACUUCUCGUCAUAGAGAACCGAGAUUCAGUGAAUCAAGUUGCAGCAGAUUUAUUCACACACGAUCUGGCCGAGUUUCAGACGAGGGUUACCGAAUGCAUUAUCGAAUGCAAAGACCAUCUCAAUGAUUCCAACCAAUUUUCCACUGAUGCGCACUACUUGAGGUUCUCAAGUUACAAUCCCAACAUUCACGGAACGUUUCGCAAAGCUGUAAUUGCCAAUGCCAAAUCAAGCGGUACGACUGGCAACAAAUCCCUGUCGUGGGUUAAACCCGGUUCGCUCCAACCCUGUUCUAGUCAGGAUUGAAAAAAAAAAGCACCGGAUUUAUACUUUUGUGAUAUAUCCCUCCUUCCUCCAACGCUUUCGAGAGAUAGUGUUUAAAAUAUGUCAUUCAAGUGAUUCAACGCGUUUUGAUCAACAUGUUACUACGCAUCAAUAUUGAUAAUAGCGGACAAUUUAAAAAAAAUACGUCAUUCUUCUAUUUUAUAGUCCAAUAAUUUGCAAAUAAAAAAAAUCUGCAUAUU